AACGCGGCCCAGCUCGGCACCCGCUCCUCACGUGUCCCUCCCGGCCCCGAGCCGCCUCACGGCAUGUUCCCGCCCAACGCUUCCGACUUCCGAUUUCAUUUGAUGGAAUCUAUGCAAAUAUGAGGAUGGUUCAUAUACUUACGUCAGUUGUUUGUGAUUUGGUACUUGAUGCUGCACAUGAGAAAAGUACAGAAUCCAGCUCAGGGCCAAAACGUGAAGAAAUAAUGGAGAGCAUUUUGUUCAAGUGUUCCGACUUUGUUGUGGUGCAGUUUAAAGAUAUGGACUCCAGUUACGCAAAAAGAGAUGCUUUUACUGACUCUGCUAUCAGUGCUAAAGUAAAUGGUGAGCACAGAGAGAAAGACCUGGAACCCUGGGAUGCAGGUGAACUCACUACUGCUGAGGAACUGGAGGCUUUGGAGAACGAUGUCUCAAAUGGAUGGGAUCCCAAUGAUAUGUUUCGAUAUAAUGAAGAAAAUUAUGGUGUAGUGUCUACAUAUGAUAGCAGUUUAUCUUCAUAUACGGUGCCCUUAGAAAGGGAUAACUCAGAAGAAUUUUUAAAACGGGAAGCAAGGGCAAACCAGUUAGCAGAAGAAAUUGAAUCAAGUGCCCAGUACAAAGCCCGGGUGGCCCUGGAAAAUGAUGAUAGGAGUGAGGAAGAAAAAUACACAGCAGUUCAGAGAAAUUCCAGUGACCGUGAGGGGCACAACGUAAAUACUAGGGAAAAUAAAUAUAUUCCUCCUGGACAAAGAAAUCGAGAUGUCAUCUCCUGGGGAAGUGGGAGACAGAAUUCACCGCGUACUGGCCAGCCAGGAUCGGGCUCUGUGCCAUCAAGAUCCACCUCUCACACUUCAGAUUUCAACCCGAAUUCUGGUUCAGACCAAAGAGUAGUUAAUGGAGGUGUCCCCUGGCCAUCGCCUUGCCCAUCUCCUUCCUCUCGCCCACCUUCUCGCUACCAGUCAGGUCCCACCUCUCUGCCACCUCGGGCCGCCACCCCUACACGGCCACCCUCCAGGCCCCCCUCGCGGCCAUCCAGACCCCCGUCUCACCCCUCUGCUCAUGGUUCUCCAGCUCCUGUCUCUACUGUGCCUAAACGCAUGUCUUCAGAAGGGCCUCCAAGGAUGUCCCCAAAGGCUCAGCGACACCCUCGAAACCACAGAGUUUCUGCUGGAAGGGGUUCCAUUUCCAGUGGCCUAGAGUUUGUACCCCACAACCCACCCAGUGAAGCAGCUACUCCUCCGGUGGCAAGGACCAGUCCCGCGGGGGGAACAUGGUCGGCUGUAGUCAGUGGGGUUCCAAGGUUAUCCCCUAAAACUCACAGACCCAGGUCUCCCAGACAGAACAGUAUUGGAAAUACUCCCGGUGGGCCAGUUCUUGCUUCUCCCCAAGCUGGUAUUAUUCCGACAGAAGCUGUUGCAAUGCCUGUUCCAGCUGCUUCUCCUACAGCUGCUAGCCCUGCAUCCAACCGAGCUGUCACCCCAUCUAUUGAGGCUAAAGAUUCCAGGCUUCAAGAUCAGAGGCAGAACUCUCCUGCAGGGAAUAAGGAAAUUAUCAAGGCUAAUGAGGCAUCCCCUAGUUUUUCAAAAGCUGAAAAUAAAGGUAUAUCACCAAUUGUUUCUGAACAUAGAAAACAGAUUGAUGAUUUAAAGAAAUUUAAAAAUGAUUUUAGGUUACAGCCAAGUUCUACUUCUGAUUCUAUGGAUCAGCUACUAAACAAAAGUAGAGAGGGCGAGAAAUCAAGAGAUUCAGUCAAAGACAAAAGUGAAUCAAUCCCGAAGGAUUCUUUCAUUGAGAACAGCAGCGGCAAUUGCACCAGUGGCAGCAGCAAGCCCAGCAGCCCCAGCCUUUCCCCGUCAAUCCUCAGUAACUCGGAAUACAAGAGAGGACCAGAGGUCACAUCCCAGGGGGUUCAGACUUCCAGUCCAGGGUGUAAACCAGAGAAAGACGAUAAGGAGGAGAAGAAAGACGCAGCUGAGCAAGUUAGGAAAUCCACUUUGAAUCCCAAUGCAAAGGAGUUCAACCCUCGUUCCUUUUCUCAGCCAAAGCCUUCUACCACCCCAACUUCGCCUCGGCCUCAAGCACAACCGAGCCCAUCUAUGGUGGGUCAUCAGCAGCCAACUCCAGUUUAUACACAGCCUGUUUGUUUUGCACCAAAUAUGAUGUAUCCAGUACCUGUAAGCCCAGGCGUGCAACCUUUAUACCCAAUACCCAUGACGCCCAUGCCAGUGAAUCAAGCCAAGACAUAUAGAGCAGUACCAAAUAUGCCCCAACAACGUCAAGAGCAACAUCAUCAGAACACCAUGAUGCACCCUGCCUCAGCAGCAGGCCCACCCAUUGUAGCCACCCCUCCAGCUUAUUCCACCCAGUACGUUGCCUACAGUCCUCAGCAGUUUCCAAAUCAACCUCUGGUUCAGCACGUGCCACAUUAUCAGUCUCAGCAUCCUCAUGUCUAUAGCCCUGUCAUACAGGGUAAUGCUAGAAUGAUGGCACCUCCAGCACAUGCCCAGCCUGCUUUAGUGUCUUCUUCAGCAACUCAGUAUGGGGCUCAUGAGCAGACACAUGCGAUGUAUGUUUCCACUGGCUCCCUGGCUCAGCAGUAUGCGCAUCCCAGUGCCACCCUGCACCCACAUCCUCCACAUCCUCAGCCUUCAGCUACCCCCACCGGACAACAGCAAAGCCAGCAUGGUGGAAGUCAUCCUGCCCCUAGUCCUGUUCAGCACCAUCAGCACCAAGCAGCCCAGGCUCUCCAUCUGGCCAGUCCACAGCAGCAGUCGGCCAUCUACCACGCGGGGCUCGCACCAACCCCACCUUCCAUGACCCCUGCCUCCAACACGCAGUCGCCACAAAAUAGCUUCCCAACAGCACAACAAACCGUCUUUACGAUCCAUCCUUCUCAUGUUCAGCCGGCGUACACCAACCCGCCCCACAUGGCCCACGUACCUCAGGCUCAUGUACAGUCAGGAAUGGUUCCUUCUCAUCCAACUGCCCAUGCGCCAAUGAUGCUAAUGACGACACAGCCACCCGGCGGUCCCCAGGCCGCCCUCGCUCAAAGUGCACUACAACCCAUUCCAGUCUCGACAACUGCGCCUUUCCCCUAUAUGACGCACCCUUCAGUACAAGCCCACCACCAACAGCAGUUGUAAGGCUGCCCUGGAUGAACAGAAAGGCCAAAUCCCCUCUACCCUUCUACUGCUUCUACCA